AUGGCCGACUCCGCCAGUACAGACAACACAGCAAGGGACUCGGAAGUCCUCGACCACAGAGAACUUCAACAACUGGCUCGCAUUGCAACCGAUUUGCAAGCAAGGCGGAUUUCCACUCAGCCCUGUGACCAUGGCGAACUCGACCCUCGUCUUGACCCGACCAGCCCAGACUUUGACCACUACCGAUGGGCCGAGACGAUGCUCGAAUCGAUGACUGAAGCUGGCAUCGCGCCUCAGACACAAACCGCUUGCUUCGCCAACCUCAGCGUCAGUGGCUCGGGCUCUUCUCUCCAGAUCCAGCAGACGGUCUUGUCUGGUAUCAUGACUCCUUUUCAGAAAAAGCCUUCAACAUGCUUCGAUGGAAUACUACAGAACGGAGAAUUGCUGCUGGUCCUCGGCCGGCCCGGAAGCGGCUGCUCGACGUUUCUGAAGACUCUUUCGGGACACCUCGACGGUGUACGGAUGGAGCCCGAGAGCCUUAUCCGUUACAACGGGGUCAGCUUUGAGGACAUGGUCAAGCACUAUCGUGGCGAUGUUGCGUACAACCAAGAGGUGGGUGAGCAUUUCCCUCACUUGACCGUGGGGGAGACUCUUUCGUUCGCCGCUUCAGCUCGUGUUCCCCAGCAACGACCCAAUGGCGUGUCCAGAAACGACUACGUCGAUGUUGUCGUCAAGGUUGUCAUGGCUGUCUUUGGGCUGACCCAUACAUACAACACCAAAGUCGGUGACAACUUCAUCAGGGGCGUGAGUGGUGGCGAGCGGAAGCGGGUUAGCAUUGCCGAGAUGUUUCUCUCCCGUGCACGCAUCGGGGCCUGGGACAACAGUGCCCGUGGACUUGAUGCCGCAUCUGCUCUCCAGUUUACAGAGGCACUACGACGCUCAGCGGACCUGGGGAAGGCAUGCCAUGCCGUGGCAGCCUAUCAGUCUUCUCAGUCAAUGUACGACCUUUUCGACAAGGUCAUUGUCCUCUACGAAGGCCGCGAAAUCUUCUUUGGGUCGUGUGCCCGGGCUGUCGAGUUCUUCCUGGAGAUGGGAUGGGAGAAGGAUCCCCAGCAAGUCGUGCCGGAUUUCUUGACAGCCAUCACCAAUCCAGGAGAACGACGAGCCCGCCUGGACAUGAGGGAGAAGGUGCCCCGAUCGCCAAAGGAGUUUGAGCAGUACUGGAGGGAGAUUCGUGACUACCAGCAGCUCAAGACGCAGAUUGAGACCUUCCAGCAAGAGCAUCCUCUUGACCAACAUCAAGCAAAGGACAUUCGAGACAGCCAUGUAAAGCAGCAGGCCAGGCAUACCAGGUCCGCCAGUCCCUACCUUCUCUCCAUUCCCAUGCAGAUUCGGCUUUGCCUUCGAAGGGCUUAUCAGCGUAUGCGGAAUGACCUUCCCACUGUGCUCUCCACGGUCAUUGUCCAGAUUGUGCUGUCCCUCAUCAUAGGCUCAAUAUUCUACAACUCGCCCAACAGCAGCAGUGCUUUCUUCCAAAAGGGUGCCGUCAUCUUCUUUGCUGUCCUCAUGAACGCGUUGAUCACAAUGAACGAAAUCAUGCAGCUCUACAGCCAGCGGAGGAUCGUCGAGAAACAGGAGAGGUAUGCCUUUGUCCAUCCUUUCGCGGAGGCCCUGGCAAGCUCUGUGAGCGACUUGCCAGUCAAGAUCCUCAGAUGCUCAAUCUUCAGUGUCAUUCUUUACUUUAUGACGAACCUGCGUCGAGAAGCAUCGGCAUUCUUCGUCUUCUAUCUCUUUCUCCUGACUGCUGUUUUAACAAUGUCUGGAAUCUUCCGCAGCCUGGCCGCUUGCACCAAGACCAUUGGCCAAGCUAUGAGUUUGGCGGGAAUCAUGGUCCUCUGCAUCGUUGUAUAUACCGGCUUUACACUCCCGCAGGCAUACAUGCGGUCGUGGUUUGCGUGGAUACGAUGGGUGAAUCCCAUUUUCUACGCCUUCGAGGCUCUGAUCAGCAACGAAUUUCACGGACGAGACUUCCCGUGUGAUGCAUUGAUCCCUUCAUACGGAGUCGGCAACUCAGUCAUAUGUUCGGCCGUCGGUUCGCUGCCAGGCGAGCUUCACGUCUUCGGCGACAACUUCAUCAAGGCAAACUACGAUUACCAUUAUUCCCAUCUUUGGCGAAACUACGGGAUCCUGGUGUCUUUCUUGGUGCUGUUCCAUUUCAUCUACUUCUUUGCGUCAGAGCACGUCAAGACCCAUGGAUCAAAGGCCGAAGCCUUGGUCUUUCUACCUGGCCAUGCUCGGCAGUAUCUAAAGGAGAACGACAUCGAGGCUCUGCCGAGGACUCGGACUGUCGAGUUUUCAGCUGGCAACACGAUAAUGAAUCUGCCCAAGCAGAGGGAUAUUCUCAUGUGGAGAAACUUGAUCUACGAUAUUCCUGUAUCAGAAGGCACAAGACGCCUGCUGGAUGACGUGAACGGAUGGGUUCGUCCCGGUACUCUGACGGCACUGAUGGGUGUCUCAGGGGCAGGCAAAAUUACACUGCUUGACGUCUUGGCCCAGCGAGUCUCAAUUGGUGUGGUCACGGGCGACAUCUCAGUCAACGGCCAAUCUCUAGCUGCUAGCGUCCCUAGAAGAACUGGAUACGUACAGCAACAGGAUCUACACCUGGAAACAACUACAGUACGUGAGGCGCUUCGUUUCAGUGCCAUAUUACGCCAGCCGCAGUCUGUGCCAGAUCAGGAGAAAUACGAAUACGUGGAGAAAGUCAUCGAGAUGCUUGGAAUGGAAGAUUUCGCCGAUGCAGUAGUGGGUAACCCUGGAGAGGGUCUCAAUGUUGAGCAGAGGAAGCUACUCGGCAUUGGCGUAGAGCUUGUUGCAAAGCCUACGUUGCUCAUCUUCCUCGAUGAACCGACCAGUGGACUCGAUUCCCAGAGCUCAUGGACGAUUUGCUCGUUUCUCCGGAAGCUGGCAGAUAAUGGCCAAGCAAUCCUGACAACGAUUCAUCAGCCCAGUGCGCUCCUAUUCCAGAUAUUCGAUCGGCUUCUCUUCCUGGCCCAAGGCGGCAAGACUGUCUAUUUUGGGGACAUUGGGUCUCAUUCGCAUAUUCUUUUGGACUAUUUUUCGAGAAAUGGAGCUCGGAAACUAAAAGCUCUGGAGAGUCCUCCCGAGUACAUCCUCGACAUAGUCUCUAGAUCAGGUGCCCCUAAUGUCAACUGGGUUGACCAAUGGAACAACAGUCAAGAGAAGAGAGAGGUUCUCGAGGAGCUGGAAAGGCUCAACAAAGUCACCGUUUCCUCUGCAAACAAGUCUAGUGAAGCAGACUUUGACAGAGAGUUUGCUCUUCCCAUCCACCGACAAUUUCGACAUGUGGCUGUCCGGGCUUUCCAGCAGUACUUCCGGCAGCCAGAAUACAUCUACUCCAAAUUCGUUCUCGGUAUUAUCUCUGGCUUAUUCAUCGGGUUUUCCUUCUGGAAGGCCGACAGUUCUCAGCAGGGAUUCCAAAACGCUCUCUUUAGCAUUUUCCUUCUUUGCACUAUUUUCUCGACCCUGGUUAACCAGGUCAUGCCAAAGUUUGUAAGGCAGCGCUCUCUCUUCGAGGUCCAAGAGCGACCAUCCCGGGUUUACUCGUGGAAGGUCUUUAUCCUGUCUCAGAUCCUGGUCGAAUUCCCAUGGCAGGUUCUCUUAGGAAUCUGCGCCUGGGCAUCCUUCUAUUAUACCGUCUUCGGCACCAGCACAAUCUCCCAAAGCCAAGGGCUCGUUCUGCUCUUCAUUGUGCAGUUCUACAUCUACGCUGCCAGUAUGGCUCAAAUGGCUGUUGCAACGGUCUCUGACCCAGCAAUAGCAGCCAUGUUUGCCAUUCUAAUGUUCGGUCUGUCCUUUAACUUCAACGGCGUGAUGCAGCCCCCAGAUGCAUUGCCCGGGUUUUGGAUCUUCAUGUGGCGCGUGUCUCCCUUUACCUACUAUAUCGGUGGUAUCGGAAGUACUGCUCUUCGCGGACGAGAAGUAAAAUAUUCCAAUGAAGAACUGAGUGUCAUCGACCCUCCGCUUGGACAGACAUGCGGCCAGUACUUUUCCAAGUAUCUUGAAGCGGCGGCUGGCCGACUCUACAACUCAGAAGCUACGACAGGGUGCGAAUACUGUUCUAUAUCAUCGGCAGACCAAUAUCUCGCUGCCCGGAAGAUCUUUUGGGACGAGCGCUGGCGCAAUUAUGGUAUCUUCUGGUGUUACUUCAUUUUUAACACCUUUGCAACCGUCGCUUUGUACUACUUGUUUAGAGUACGAACUUGGGGGUCCAAGAAGGGGAGGCUAUUAUAA